UAGUAGAGUGUGUAUACAGGCUGCAGAGGUGCUUCCUGCACAUCUGUCGAGAGGAGCUCAAAGCGCCGCCGCUGCUGCUGUAUUUCCUGCUCGUGUUGAAUCAUGUGCUCCAGCAGCAGCAGCAGCAGCAGCAGCAGCAAUAUGGCGGGACUGAGACGCGCUGACAUGCAGAGAUAUGACAGAAGCUCCUGCUGGAUGUGUGCGGUGUUCCUGACGCUCGCGGCUCGACUGAUCGCUCAGACGCACGCUAGUGAUGUGCUGACGGUGACCGACGCCAACUGGACGCUCAUCCUGCAGGGCGAGUGGAUGAUCAAAUUUUAUGCUCCGUGGUGUCCGGCCUGCCAGCAUUUACAAACAGACUGGGAGAGUCUUGGAAGACAAAGUGAAAGUCUGGGUAUAUCAGUGGGCAGAGUCGACGUUACACAACAACCAGGUCUGAGUGGGAGGUUUCUGGUUACAACACUGCCGACUAUAUUUCACGCUAAAGAUGGAAAUUUCCGCAAAUAUGUUUCAUCACGGACUAUUGAGGAUAUCCAGGCGUAUGUUGAGCAGAAUAAGUGGGCGAUGGUUGAGCCGGUGCCAGGAUGGAAGUCGCCAUCCUCUCUUCUAAUGUCAGGAAUGGCUAAUCUGUUUCGUCUUUCCGUGUGUAUCAGACAAAUCCACACGUACCUGACGAAUACGCUCGGUAUCCCUUCCUGGGGCUCUUAUGUGAUUUUUGCCAUCAUUACGCUCUUUAUGGGACUGAUGCUCGGCCUGAUGCUGGUUUUGAUCGCUGACUGCAUUUGGCCGUCCAGACCCAAGCACAGAGAAGACAAAACAGUUGUGAUAUUGAAAGAGGAAGUGUCAGAGGAAGAGGUGGAGGACAUCCUCAUGGAGGAGAAAGGCACAUCUGACCUGGACAACGAGAGCGAGCGAGUGUCUGGAGACGAGUCGACCGAAGAGGAAGGAGCGAUGAGUGACGGAGUGGACGCUGGCAGUGAUCAGCCUCCGUCAGAGGGGGCAGCAGAGAGUUCAGUGAGGAAACGCAAACCACUACUGAGGGAACAUAAUGUCACUGCAUAACGCCACUGCGGUCGCCACCAAAAACAAGAGGAAACCGCCAUAUCUGUAAGAUAUGCCAAGCAGCGCCAGCUAUCGGCUGAUUUCUGCAUCACGCAUGCAGACCGUGGUUUGUCCAUUCAAUGCUUUCCUCGCAUUUUACCUGCUUCUCGCUGCGGUUCAAUCCAAUUUCGUUUUUAAGAGUAGUUGCUUAAUUUUUUUGCUGAAAGUUUGAUGCCAAACAUUGACAGACCUUCUUUAAAGGUGGGGUAAGUGAUUUCUG